AUGAGCAAACGAGUGUAUGAAGAAUAUCAAUCUUCAUCAUCCUCUCGGGAUCAUCGUACAAGUAAAAAAGGAGGAGCUGAUACUAGACAUCGGGGAGAGUAUCAUGAUGAAUAUGAACCGAGAGAGAAAAAAUUAAAACAUCAAAUUGAUCCUAUCGGUUGCCGAGCAGCUUUGGAAAAAGUAAAGGCCGAUUUGCAAGAAAACUUGAAGAGUUUGGAGGAGAGUAAUGCACGAGAAAUUGCCAAGUUGAGUGCGGAUACACUAUUAUUACAAAAGGAGAGAGUUGAGGAUUUAAUUCAUUACUUUAAAUUGGAUAGAGAUUUGAUGGAUGAAUAUCGGAAACGAGCAGUGAGUAUGCAAAGUCUGAUUACUGAUGAAAGUAGUGAUAGUGUGGUUUUUGAUAAUGUCGAGGAUGAGUUAUUGCGUACAGCUGAGGUUCUGAGAAGUAUUGAAGAAGCCUAUGAAUAUGAGACUCUUGGUAUUGUUCAUGAUGAGCCGACCACCUCUCUCUCUGAAGAACAUUUACUUGAAAAGCAACAUGAAGACAAUACUGACACUGAUCGAGACAAUGAGGAAUUUAAGGACCAUGUACUGGAAUUAUCAGAAGAAUCCGAGGAAGAACUUGUUGAAGUAUCUGAUGAUGAGAGCCACGAUCAACCACCUCCACCACCGCCUUCUCCUCCACCCACAAAAAGCACUAUUGGAAAUUCGUUCGUUAAUAGACAACCCCCUCAAGCUCAUCAUCUUCAUACCUCAUCAGUAUCCAAUAUACAGUUAACACCUCCACCACCUUCAGCCACACUUCAUUGUUACAUUUGUUCGAAUGAAUUAAGCAAGAAUGAAGCAAUAUUCAAGUGUUUAAACUGUAGCAAUAGGUGCCACAAGAAUUGUGCUCAAGGAAAGUCAUCGAUAUUGCCAGGACUCAACAACGACGAUAUGAUUUGUGAUGCAUGCAGUGAUAUUAAAUUGCAAUACAACAGACAAAAGCCACACUUAUUCAAUAUUAUAUGUGAGAGAAAAUCACCACGAACUACUUUGCCAAAGUAUGAAUGUUUAAACAAGUUAGCAAAGUUGAAUUUGGAAAAUUAUUUGGUGGCCUGUCCAAAGUGUAACAAAAAAGUGUCCGUGCAAAAUCUAAAGCAACACACGGGCAGGGAAUUUGAAGAAGACAUUGUACAGGAGCUUCCAUUGCUGAAACUAUCUGAUAUUCAGUUUGAUACAGAUGUUUCAGAAGUAAUGGUAGUGUUCAAUGUCUCUGAAAAUACUCUGCGCAAGUGUUGCGAUAGGUUGAAAACGCACAUAAAUUUGCAAGAUAUCAGAUACAAAUUUGUAUCAUUGAAUUCUACACAACAGAAAGCCUAUUUUUUAGAAUUCAAUUCACCAGAAGAUGCUUUCAAACUUGCGUGCUAUUUUGAAGAGAACAUGUUGAAGGAUGCUAUUAAGCAAAUGGUUGUUCAUGCUGUAUGCUACUUUUGGAAAAAGAAUUGCACAAUGUUACAAAUUGAAAAUCUACCAUUAACUACCAAUAAUAAGAGUGCGGUUCUCACCCAGACACCGGUUGAAUUGAAAAGGUGUCACCUGAAACAAGAGAAAACUUCUAAAACUGCCAUUGUGACGUUGAACAGCUAUAAGGAUGCUCGCUACUUAUUUUUCGAGAUGAAUGGUAGAGUUAUAGAAGGCCAUUUAAUUAAGGUUGUGGAGUAUAGGGAUAAAAAUGAAAACAUCUCAAACUCUAGAUUUGUCAAAAUAUCAAACAUCCCAGAAUAUUCAACUCCUGAGCAAUUAGUAGAACUUCUAAAACAAGAGAACAACUUUACAAAGGAGUCUUUGGAUAGCAUGAUAGUGAAUGUAUCAGCCCAAAAGCAGUGUCCAAUCUUUGGAUUUUAUUAUAUUAUGGAGCUGCGCUCUGAAAUAUUUGCAAAAGCAUUUGUGACAAACUUUGAUUCUAUUUUAUUUCAAGGAAAUCGAUUGAGAGUGCGCUUAACACCACCGCUAUCUCACUAA